AUGAUGGGAAUCUCCAUGUUCCUACCCUUCUCUGCUGGUGAGAGAGAUCAGAUUCUCUGUACAUCCUCCCACCCUCUGAGGCACAUUCUACUGUGGACAACUCUGCUAUUCCUGGUUCCUGUUGCUGGAACAUCUGAUGUUCCAAAGGCAGUGGUGAAUAUUGAGCCUCCAUGGAUCAAUGUGUUACGAGAGGACUACGUGACUCUGAAGUGUCAUGGGGCUCAUGCCACUGGAGACUACUCCACCCAGUGGUUCCACAAAGGGAACCCCAUUCCAACUCAGGUGCAGUCCAGCUACAGAUUUAAGGCCACCAUGAACCACAGUGGAGAAUACAGGUGCCAGACAGACCAGUCCAGCCUCAGCGACCCUGUGCAGUUGGGCGUGUUUUCAGAAUGGCUGCUGCUCCAGACCCCUCACCUGACAUUUCAGGAGGGGGAGCCCAUUGUGCUGAGGUGCCACUACUGGAUGAACCAGCCUCUGUACAAAGUCACAUUCUACCAGGAUGGAAAGGCGAAGAAGUAUUUUCAUACAAAUUCCAACUUCUCUAUUCCGCAAGCAAAUGUCAGUCACAGUGGAGCUUAUCACUGCUCAGGAAUAGUCCGGAAUCGAUACGUCUCAAAGCCUGUGACCAUCACUGUCCUAAGGUCUAAUAAGGUGAGCUCUUCACUGGAGGUGAUGGUUGCAGCUGUUGUGUCUGGGAUUGUUGUCUUGGCCAUUGUUGUUGCUAUAGUAACCUGGUUCUACCUCCGGCAAAAGCGAACUUCAGCCAAUUUCACUGAUGCUGAUGAAGCUGCCAAAGCUGAGGCUGAGAAGACAAUCACCUAUUCACUUCUAACGCACCCAGAUGGCCAGGAGGAAGAAACAGGGCCCACAGAUUAUGAGAAGAGUGCUUAG